GGGGCCCCACCCCCACCACCCCUACCACCACCACCACCACCAACACCACCACCCACGUCAAGACCGUCAAGCUCGUCCAGUCGCCGGCUCCAGAGAGUCGACCCGCGCGUGGACGCACUGGAGGCGCCGAGUGUGGCGGCGUCUGCAGGGCGGAACAGGAGCCGACGCCGGUGCGGCGCAGGGCGAGCAUGCCGCUGCUGUUCGGCAAGCGGCGGCGGCGACGCCGCUGUGAGGCGGCGCAGGGGGCAGCGCUGGGGGCGGCGGGCCCAGCGGCCGCCCCCGGCCUCGUGGCCGUCCCCGGGUCCGCCCCAGGCGCCCUCGAGCUGAAGGUGCCCACCUCCGCAGCGGGGGGCCUGGCGGCCGUCUGGGACCUGGCGAGCCUCAACGGUGAGGGAGCCGAGCCGCUCUGAUCCCGGUGACGGGCGACCCCUUUCCCCUACCCCUCCACCCCCUAGACCUUUCUACCUGCCAUCAGGCACCCACCUUACGUACCCCAUCCCCCCUUUUGUCUCCCUUUCUCCCCCCCCCCCUUUUUCCUCCUCCCCCCGUCGCUUCCGCUCUCCUUCACGUCAUUUACUCCGCCCCCAUCUGUUGCCACUCGACUGCUCCCGCCUGGUCCCCGAUGACGGCCCCGACGGCCCCGAUCACCAGGUGACUGCCUGGACGAGGAUGGCGAGGGCCAGCCGCCCGCGAAGCAGGUGAAGAUACAGGGUCCGCAGGACGGGAGCGGUCCGUCCGGGGAUGACCGCUCCGAUCCCCAUCGUCCGGCCGCCGCCCUCACCGGCCCCACCGCCCCCACUGGCCACCCCGACCCUCCCACCCCCACCUCGGAGGAGGUCCUCUCCGUCACCCGCGCGGCCAGCGACCCCGACCCCGACUCCGAUCCUACCACAGCGGACCCCACACCCAGCUCAGAGGAGGCCGAUGUCACCAUGGUGGAGUCCGAGGAGGCCGUCGACGCCAUCGACGACAUCGUGGUCUCCGACGAGGCUGUCGACGCCAUCGUGGACUCGGAGGAAGCCGUCAACGCCACCGUGAUCUCCGAGGAGGCCGUCAACGCCAUCGUGGUCUCGGAGGAGGCCGUCGACGCCACCGUGAUCUCCGAGGAGGCCGUCAACGCCAUCGUGGUCUCGGAAGAGGCCGUCAACGCCAUCGUGGUCUCGGAAGAGGCCGUCGACGACAUCGUGGUCUCGGAAGAGGCCGUCGACGACAUCGUGGUCUCGGAGGAGGCCGGGGCCAUCGUCGGCGCACCGCCCUCGCCGACCGCCGCCGUCGUGGAGAGCUCAGGAGACAGCGCGCGGCUGGCCGAGCUGACCGCGGAGCUGGCGGCGCUGGCGCACGCGGAGCGCGACGCGCAGGCGGCCGUGCUGGCGCUGCGCAGGGAGAUGGCGCGCCUGGAGGAGCGCAACGGGCAGCUGCUCGCCGACCUGGACAGCUACAAGAUGGAGCACCUCCGGCUGCAGGCACGUGCCAGGGGCACGGUGUGGGAGCUGGAGGAGACGGAGCGCGCUGCCGCUGAGACCAUCGCCGAGCUCAGGGACAAGUUGGCCCGCCUGGAGCAGGAGCACCUGGAGCAGCUGCGGCUCGAGCAGCUGCAAGUGGAGCAGCAGCAACUGGAGCAGCAUCAGCUGCAGCAGCAGCACCUGGAGCAACAGCACCUCGAGCAGCAGCACCUGGAGCAGCAGCAGCUGUACCAGGAGAUGCCGCAAGGAGCGUACCUGGUGGAGGACAUGAUGGGGUACCACCACUACCCGUACCCCGCCGAGUACUACCAGCUGCCGCCGCCGCAGCAGCAGCUCGCCGCGCCCACCACGCCGUCGUCGCCCGCUUCCUCCGUGGGGGGCGGCUCCGUGGCCGGCGGUGGAGGUAGGGCUGUUGCGAUAUCUCGAUAUUAA